GUUAAAGAUACAUAUACAUUUACAGUUUUGUGAAUUUUUAAAUUUUAGUUUGUGUAAACAUGUAAAUUAACGUGUAUAAAAUGUAUAACUAUUUUUGCCAAUAUGUCGAUAUUUAUUUUCAAUUGUUUGAAAAUAAUUUGUUCAUAAACUUGUAGCAACACUAAUAAUGAUCAUUGAUUUGUUUUUAUAUAUUUUUAAGAAAGGUAAAAUGUAUGGAAGGUCAGGGAACGUUGUCUCCAGGGGGUCGGGAGAUCAAGAUCAAUCUGGCUUAAAAAACCUUGAAGUCAAAAGAUCUUAUCUUGAAGAAUCUGAAGUUCCGUCUUCCAGAGGGUAUGAAUCUAACGCGGUUUUUAGGAUUUCUAAAUCUGAUAUGGUUAGAGAAUUUAAGUCUGGAGAAUUGAAUCAUAUAUCCCCCUUCAAGCAGGUCGGGGAUUCCAACCGGGUAUCUCCCUUCAAGCAGGUCGGGGAUUCCAACCGUGCAUCUCCCUUCAAGCAGGUCGGGGAUUCCAACCGGGUAUCUCCCUUCAAGCAGGUCGGGGAUACCAACCGUGCAUCUCCCUUCAAGCAGGUCGGGGAAUCCAAUCGAGCAUCUAUCUUCAAGCAGGUCGGGGAAUCCAACCGGGCAUCUCCCUUCAAGCAGGUCGGGAAAUCCAAUGGUGCGUCUGCCUUUGAACAGGUCGAAGAUUCGAACCGGGCCUCUCCGUCUCCCCUCAAGCAGGUUGGAGAUCUGAACCGGGGGUCUCCCAUCAAGCAGGCCAGAGAAUUAAAUCGGGCAUCUCCUUCCCCCCUCAGGCAGGUCGGAAAAUUAAACAGGGAGUCUUCAUCGAGGAAUCAAAGAGACUGGAUCCCUGGUAAUAUCAUGGGAUCUGAGCAGAAACGGAAGUUUCGUAGUUACAGCAGUAGUCCUCCCUUUGCUAAGAGAAGCUUCAGGGUUGUUGGAAGAGAAGAGGAAGGAAAUUCUAUCCUGGAGUUAAAGAAACUUCAGGAUAUUCAAGCUCAUCUGAAGGUAAUGAAUCGAUCCCUGGAAUCCAGUCGACUGCUGGCUGUGGAUCUCAAGGUUGAUUUAAACUGUUCAUCAGUUCAACGUCAGAUCAACUCAUAUAAAGCGAUGGUUCAAAUGGAUGAGCAGUUGGGUUUUCUGGAAAAGAAACAGAAUGAUUACAUCUUAGAUCUGGAGUAGUCUUAGCAUGUUCAUGUUUCUAUAUUGUAGAAGUAAUUGUACAAAAACAUUGUUUAAAAAAUAUUUGUACUCAUUAAGAUUAUUUAUUCUAUAUUUCUUCAAGAUAAGACGAACGUCAUAUCGGAUAAGUUGAAAUUUAAUGAAUAAUUGUGAUCUAUGUAUAUUUGGAAAGUAAAAAAUUUGAAAUGAAGACGAUUAUACUGAAUUUAGUUUUAUGAUUCCAAAAUGUCGAGUUCUCCAUUUUGGUUUUCUGUACAACUAAACUAAAAUACAUCUCUGAAAACCUUCCAACUCCCUUUAAUUAUGCCGAUAUAAAAUUAAAAAUGAUUAUUUUCAGAAUUAAAAUGAGUUCUCCUCCUGAGGAUUGUAGGGUGUGGACUCCAUGUUUAUAUUCCGAAGAAGGAAACAAAGAAAAUAAAUAUAUAUUAAUUCUUCUAAAUCAACCAGUUUUAGAUACAGAGCAUUUAAUUAGACUUUGGAACGGAGCUUGCUACAAGGUGGCCGUAGAUGGUGGUGCUACAGUAUGGCA